AGUGGUUAGUGAGAAGCUGACAGCUGAUACACAGAGAAUACAUCUAGAAACGUGAACUAUUUUACUAAAAUACACAUGAGUGUAGUCGAUUGAACUUACAGACAUCAUACAUCGACAUCUAUUGGAAUGUAUCGGAAAAUAUUGAGCUAAAGAAUGAAAAACGACAAAUGGAUCAUAUGUGUAAUAUCAUUGAUGUAAUGUGUGGAGUUAGUGAAGCAGGUUUAUGAUGAAUUACUCUCUUUUAGGGAUAGAAUCAGUGCGAUAUUGUAUUGUGCACGUUACCUCUGUUUAAUUCGUUUCUGAAUGGAUGAGAGUGUUGAAAAUGAGUUCACAGGAUAAGAAUAUAGAUAUAGAGCACAAAUAUGAGGAGGAGCUCACCAGCACUAGUACUGAAGACAACAAACAGGAGGCAGUUAUUUGUCUGAGCAACAAUGAAGUAAAGAGUCGUGCUGUAGUGAAAUACUCAGCGGUUCCGCCCCCCACCACCUAUGCACUACUACAGGAGAAGACCGACCUCAAACUGCCUCCAGCAAACUGGCUCAGAGAGAAUGCUCAGCUAGGGCCCGCAGGCACCACCGUACUUGGGUCCAGUCGGAAGAGCAAACCCUUCUCCAGUUUUGGGAUGGCUUAUGACUUCAUCGACUGUAUUGGUGAUGAUGUUGACGUUGUGUCUGAUUCAGAGAACAUCAAGAAGUUGUUGAAGAUCCCGUACAGUAAGUCUCAUGUCAGUAUGGCCGUUCAUCGUGUGGGCAGCACUCUACUACUGGAUGAACUGGACAUACAGGAACUCUUCAUGAGGUCAUCUCAGACUGGUGACUGGACGUGGCUGAAGGAGUUUUACCAGCGUCUCAUUGACCAGAAGUGGCAGAGGAAGAAGAAAAGUAAAGAACACUGGAAUGAGAAGGCCAUUCUCUCUAAAUUUCUUUAUUACAGUAUUAACAGUGAUGGGACUGCAGUGCCCAUGCCGUCAGAUACAGACCAGGUGGCAGAGGAGGCUUGUGGGAUGGGGGGUGAUGAGCCGUCUUGGCCUGCUACCUUCAACAGUUCCACCUCUGAUUCAGAGGACCCGGCGAUGCCCAAGGAGGAGCAGGUGGACACAUAUACUCUGGGUCAUGUGUCGUCAGUUCCCAAAGAGCAGAACCUGCCCACACUGUUUAAUGAAGGAGAGAACAGUCAGGGUUUGAGGAAUGACUUUGUCCGGAAUAUUUUAUGGACAUUUGAGGACAUCCAUAUGCUUGUGGGAUCAAAUAUGCCCAUAUUUGGAGGUGGUCGAUACCCAGCAGUCAGUCUACGACUUAGGGACAACAACAAACCAAUCAAUGUUCUCACAGGACUUGAUUACUGGCUGGAUAAUUUGAUGUGUAAUGUACCAGAGCUUGUCAUGUGUUUUCAUGUCAAUGGUAUUGUUCAGAAAUAUGAGAUGAUAAAGACAGAAGACAUCCCAGAUUUAGAGAAUUCCACAUUCUCAACACGGGUUGUGAAGGAUAUUGCACAGAAUAUCCUCUCAUUCCUGAAAUCUAACUGUACCAAAGAAGGCCACACAUACUGGCUCUUCAAAGCCAGUGGAAGUGACAUCGUGAAAUUGUAUGACCUCACAACUCUGUGUGAGGAGGCAGCAGAGGAGAAAUGCCAAAAUCCCUUCACACUUCCUGUAGCAGUGCUGCUUUACAAAGUGGCCAGCAAUAUGAUGCUAAAGAAAAGCCAAAACAGGAAGAAUUAUGGCAUAAUUAGAACUCUGCUGCUCAACUGUAUUAAACUGUUGGAUGAGGAGAGACAUACACAGAUCAUUGCGUCUGCUCACUACAUGCUGGCAGAACUCUUCCAGCUGGAUGAUGUGAGUGUAGAGGAGGGGAACGGGGAGUCGCUGAGGGGCGGAGGCUCUGAAGACAGUUACAGUGAUGAAGAGGAGGACGAGGAAGAUGAAGAUGAAAGCUCCUCCUACAGCACCUCUUCAGAGCCACAGGACGAUUCCAAAGCCGUGGCUGUCAUCAAGUCUGUUGGCGAGCUGUCUGUUCCAGAGAAAUACAAGAGCACACACCAGAUCAGACCCAACUGUGCAUUUCCUGUGUCUCAAGACAAGGAGGAGAAAUGCCGUCUGGUUCUCAGCUAUGUUCUAAAAGGUCUGAAGGCAGUAGAUGGCAGUAUAAAGAAGGAGAGUGACCUGCCUGCGGCCAACCCCAGCACCCCCAUCCCUCUAAAAUAUGAGGAGAGAAGUCAGAACGGAGCCAGAAAUGUGAAAAAAGAGAUUGCUCUCCUCUUGGAUCGAGUCGGUCCACGUAACGCAGAGCCGAAGAUGCCAACACGCUCCGGGAUGCUACCGGGCACCUGGCAGCACCGUAUGAAACAACAGCUGUGUCUGAAAGCGUCUAAAGCAUAUUAUGUUCUGGCAGACGCUGCAACCAACCUGAUGAAGUACGGACGGUCGCUACGCUACAUUAAACUGGCUCUACAGUGCCACGAUGCAUAUUGCUCCAUCAGUGGAAGUCUCCACCCGCAGAUGCUUCUGUUCCAUUGUCAGUGUCUGUCUCUGUGUGGAGAUGUUCAGCUGAUGUUGGCCCAGAACGCUUCAAACAGAGCCGCGUAUCUAGAGGAAUACAGUUACCAGACUAAAGACGACCAGGAGAUCUUACACUGCCUGCAUCGUGAGAGCUCCUGCCAAGCCUUUAGCAUGGCCACUGAUCUGGCCACAGACCCAGAGUACCAACUUAUCGUCAGCAGCAAGUGUUAUGAGGCUGCCCAUGACCUUUUGACCUCAGGAGUGCUGAAGGACUCGGGUCAGGAGCAGUUGGGUCAGGUUCUCAAACGGCUCGGGAACAUCCGCAACGAGAUGGGCGUGUUCUACAUGAACCAAGCGGCGGCCAUGCAGACGGAGAAAGGAGUAUGCAGGAGUGUGUGCGUGGCCGAGCAGGAGUUGUGGAAGAAGAGUUUCUCAUGUUUUGAGAAGGGCAUGGAAGAUUUCCAGGCCAUUUCAGACUUGGUAAACACAGCCCUGCUGCUGUGCAACAUUGGGCGACUUAUGCGGAUCUGCGCACAGGCCCACUGUGUCAUUACAUCAGAGCACAGCCGCGGGGAGUUCUCACCCGAAGAGGCCCUUUACUACAACAAGGCUAUAGAUUACUAUCAAAGGGCGCUUAAGUCUCUGGGCUGCAGGGACAGUCACUUAGCUGUCUGGGACUCUGUUAACUGGGAACUCUCGACCACAUACUUCACUCUGGCCACACUGCUUCAGGACUACGCUCCACUGUCCCGCAAAGCACAAGAGCAGGUUGAGAGGGAGGUCACAGAGACCAUGAUGAAGUCUCUACGCUACUGUGACCUGCAGACCGAAUCAGCUCGCCAACCUCUCUACCAGUACAGAGCAGCCACUAUCCAUCAUAGACUGGCUUCAAUGUACCACAGCUGCUACCGCAACCAGGUUGGAAACGAGAGCGUUCGUAAACAGCAUAAGGCUCUGGCAGAGCAGCAUUACAGUAAAGCUGUGCGACUCUUCAUAAGUCUGAGCGAUGCUCCGUGUGAGCUGCUCCGCACGCUUCUGGAAAGAGUGGCCUUUGCUGAGUUUACCAUGGCAGGACAGAACAGCAAUGCAGUUAAACUGAAAACUCUGAUGGGAGCACUGGAGAUCAUGUGUGAAACUCGACAUGCAUUUAAUCUUAUUCUUAAAGAGCUGUUGGAGCAACAAGAGAAAGUGACAUUGACUGUGGAAGACCCCGAAAAGCCUGAAGAAUCUCAGGAGAGUUUGGAUUGCUCUUCCUCCUCCGGGCUGAACACAGAAGAGGUUGUGAAGUUAAUCGGCAUCUUUGAGCCCAGUUUCUCCUUCCUGUUGCUGCAGCUGAUUAAACUCAGCACUGCAAAUAAACGCAAAAUAAAUGGGAAAGAAGAAGAGCAUGUAAAGGUCUAUAAGAAUGUAUAUUCUCUGCUGUUACGGGCUGAAAAGUCUGUCCCGCUCAUCCAGCGGGUUUCUCUCUUCCUCGAGCUGCUGGAUCAGCUAAACCCGCCCACAGGAAGUAAUGAAACGAGAUCAUCAUCUUGAGAGAACCAAUCAAAUUGCAUGUGACAUUUUGGAGUUUAAACCAUCUUGCUUUUACACACCAAUCCACAGCUUAGUAAAAAGCUAAUGAUCAAGGCAAUAGACAGAGAUAUAGCCUGUUCAUCUAGUUUCAGAACUGGACUUGGAAUAGAAAUGUGAGCCUCAACUCACACCAGCAGUGCCUUCAUCUCUCAAUCAGUCUUCUGGGCCUCCAAAAAGAUGUCAACAGGCUUCAAAUUGUCAAUUUUUUUUUGUAAAGAAUAUUACAUGUUAGUAAUAAGCAAAAAUGUACAGUUGUUUGUAAAGCAGAUAUUAAUUGCUAAUGGGACAAUAUGUACAAAAUGUUGGACCUGUGAUGUUUUCUACACUUUUUGCUGACAAGCACACAUCUCAGGAUUGUGUUGUUUGUUGUGUGUGUGUGUGUGUGUGUGUGUGUGUGUGUGUGUGUGUGUGCAGAAAUAAGCUCACAAUUUGUUAAAAAAAAGCAAAUGCAGGGUUUCAUUAAAAAUAUGCAAUACUUUUAGAGGGUCAAUGCAAUAGGUGUGAUUAUCCCGCUGCAGUAUUACGAAAGAACAUUUGUAGUGACUUGGCUUUUAAAUCUCUUUAAUAAAAGUUUAAAAUAUAAAGUUUGUCUUUUAUAAAAUCAUACAUCUGAAACCCCACAUUUUUAAUUACGGUUAUAUCCAAAGAGGUCUAAAAUAUUAGUGAAAACACGAUUGU